GGCGGAAGCGCAAAGUACGCUGGGAUCAGUAGAUUGCGUUUUUGAAGUUGAGCUCGGCGGGAAUUCCUAAACUGGAUCCUGAGUGACGAAGGUUUGAUGAGAAAGCACGACCCAGUGGUAGACAGAUUAGCGUUACUGUACAGCUUCUUUGGGUGUUCGAGGAAUCCCGGCUGGACCAUAGUGGCCACGGCGUGGACCAGGCUGACCAGUACAAGUUAAGGACGUUCGGGUUUAUGUUAAACCUGCCCUGUGCAUCCAGCUUCGUACGAAAAAACAGUUGAGAACCCGAAGAGGAGAUGGAGUCUGCAAGUACUUUGUUUCCAGGCAUAGAGUGGAAAGGAGGUGUUUUAGCUCACCUGGAAAGACUAGAGGCUCAAACGGCUAGACCAGAUAGAAAGUCUGAAGAACCAACAGUUCGUGAAAAGGAAAGUUCUCUUAGAACUAAGAUUCGAGAACUGCAGCAACAGCGAGAUAAGCUGAGGGCGGAAGUGAAGCAGCGGCGAGCCAGGGUGAGUAGAAAGGUUGAAGAAUCUUCUGCCAAAGAAGAUCCAAGCAAAACAGUGAUUAGUGAGCAGGAAGUUCUGGAAAGGCAGUGGAGAAACAUGAAAGCCAUUCUGCAGGCGUAUCGCUUUACAGGGCUCAGCGGGAAGCUGACCAGUCGUGGAGUCUGUGUGUACAUCAGCACGGCCUUUGAGGGAAACCUACUAGAUUCCUACUUUGUGGACCUCAUCAUAGAGAAACCACUCCGGAUCCAUCACCAUUCCAUCCCAGUCUUCAUCCCCCUGGAAAAGUUAGCCACAGCACACCUACAGACUGAUGUUCAGCGCUUCCUGUUUAGUCUCUGGGAGUACCUAAAUGCCUAUGCGGGAAGGAAGUACCAGGCAGACCAACUUGAGAGUGACUUCUGUGCUUUCCUCACGGGACCUUUGCAGAGAUACGCCCUGUGCAACUUGCUCUCGUUCACCUAUAAAGUGGAACAGGGAUGCCAGACCUUCUCCUUCAGUGCCAGGUUGCUGUAUGAAGACCUCACAUCAGCUCUUCCCACGGAUGUCACUGUGACAAGGCCAGGUGUGGAAGCAUCAUCCCCUCGUUGGGAAGAGCACAGAGCAUCCCAUGAAGUGCUCUUCCGUACCAAGCCCCUGCACCAAGUGUUUGCUUCAUUUUCCAAAGAAACUGAAAAGCUGGAUUUGAGCCUGGUCUCCUGAAAAACUGUUUCUCUAUUUGGGACACAUAUGAAGUAAAUACACUUGCACUGCCUGCAGUCCAGAACCUUUCAGCAAAAGCUGUUGGGAGAGCACAUGCCUGAAUACCACCAUGAGAACAGAUACCCACGUCAUGGGAAUGACAGGAGCUUGGCUGCAGACAUAGACAAGUCCCUGUCUAUAGGCACUGGGCAGGUUCUGGACACUUGUCCGUGAUUGCUUGUUCACUUUGUACAGUGCUCCAGAAUGCCUCUGCCUCCUAGAAGGACCAGUGCUGAUUUGAUCGUAUGUAUACAUUCUUGAUGAAAAUCAGCUAAAAUGGGGGUAAUUGAAGACAUUUUGUGAGCAUUUCUAGCUUUCGUGGGAGCUAUAAAUCUAUAAAAGGGCUUGUAGUUAAGAAGGGAGAGUAUUUUCUAGACUUUUGGUUUGGAGCAGCAUGUUCUAGGCCACUAUUUGGUGGGAAACAGUAUUUUUAUACUUGGGGGUUCUGUGUAUUUAAUUGUUUACUAUAACAAUUCAGCAUAGAACGGAAUGCAUGAAGUCACUUUAAGGAAGCAUUGUUGGAAAUCGGCACAUUGAUCAGGGAAGGCCCCCUGCCGUGUCUCCCUCCUGCCAGCUCCAGGCAUGGCUGUCCUUCCCAUUUCCUAGACACUUUCAGUGCCUUUUCUCUUUAACCAUUGGUCUGUGGUGUGCGACAGGUAUUGUUCCUUGGCUUAGGGCUUCUUGCCAUCUUUAGGCCCAUGUGCUGGUCAGGUACUCCCAUUACAAUUCCUGCCUUUCCUCUGCUCGUCCCAGAGGAUCUUUACUCCACAGGCCCAGCGCUUGGGCUUCAGUCUAAGUUAGCUCCUUCCUAGAAAUCCUCAUGUGUGGGAGCUCCAGCCAACUCUAGGAAGAGUGCAUGGAGGCUAAGCCAGGGCCCCUAACAGAGGUUUGGAACAAAAGAUUCAUGGUACAGGGUGAGACGUCUGUAUCCCAGUAACAGAAUUGCCACAACAGUCCUCAAGUUGAGUAAAGCUUUUAAUAAAACAGUCCUGUUCUUUAUCAACACCUGCAGAUUCUCUGUUAAAGCAGUAGCAAAGGCGACUGUAGCAAGAGCUCAGAAGACAAGGCAAUAUUGGAAAGUUGUUUUUUGAACAGGUUAAAAAUAUAAAUGUAGAAGAUCUGUUUA